ACAUGUGCAUCACUACACCAAACACCUGUACAUAGUUUCACCUGCGGGAGACAGCUGAAGACAGAGCGAUGUUUACCUUGGAAAAGGUGCUGUAACGUCCGUCUAGUAAUCUCAACUCUUGCCGGAAGUCUUCUGUAGUGCUCAGGGACGGAAAGAUGUCGGACUCCGAGGAUGAAAAUCCAGACAAACAGCUCAAGAUAGUGAUUAUGGGCGAUGGAGCGUCUGGAAAGACGUCGCUGGCUGUGAGAUAUUCCCAGGAGAACUUUGGGAAACAGUACAAACAGACAGUAGGGCUAGACUUCUUCCUACGGAGAAUAGUUCUACCAGGUAACAUCCAUGUGGCCCUUCAGCUGUGGGAUAUUGGUGGUCAGACCCUUGGAGGAGGCAUGUUGGACAAGUACAUAUUUGGGGCACAUGGAAUCCUACUUGUGUAUGACAUCACCAACUACCAGAGUUUUGACAACCUGGAGGACUGGUAUGAGAAGAUACGAGAAGUGUGCAAGGACCAGCCCAAACUUCCACACAUCGCCCUGGUGGCCAAUAAAAGUGACCUGGAGCACAUGAGAACUGUCAAACAGGAGAAACAUCAGAGGUUUGCCACAGAAAAUGGCUUCACCUCCCAUUUUGUCUCUGCCAAAACUGGGGAUUCUGUGAACCUGUGUUUCCAGAAGAUUUCUGCUGAGAUCCUGGGGAUCAAGCUGACCAAGCCGGAGGUGGAGCAGCAGACCAGAGUAGUCAAGGCAGACAUAGUCCAGUACAGUAACGCCGAGUCCGUGCCACGUGCGACGCCGCAACAAAACACCCGCAGCUCGCUCUGUUCUGUACAGUAACGGGCAACUUCAUACCCAGUUGGACUUGUUUUUUCCACACAUUAGUCAAAAGUGAGACGUGAAAAGAGACAUUAUCCGGAGAUGAAAAAGAUAUCUCUGAUGUAUACUAUUCCAAGAAUUUAUUUUAUGUACAUGGUUGUUGAUAUUAUGUUUAUGAUGACGAAAAUGGGUGAUACUGUAAAUGUUGAAGUUUUUGCGAUGGUUUAAUGGUUUUUUGGUUUCGUGUUAACUCAAAACUGCCGCUGAAUGCUUCCUCUGCCCGCCUUUCUUUUUUGUUUGAACCGCAAUGUAAAAAUUACUGCAAACAAUCAAUUUUUUCAGUACUGUAAACUUAAAGGCAUUUACAGUAUACCCACUAACCUUGAUCUUGUAAGUUAUAAGCUUCAUGCAUCUCCAAUACAGAUAUUUGGAGUGACUUAAGUCAUUUUUCAUUGAACAACGUAUUUCCUCCGGAUGAAUUUGAAGACUUUUAUUUAUACGAUAGACAGACCCCGAGCCCUGGCCAAUUCCAUCAAAACAUAGAAAUGCAUUAAAUAAGCACAUAAAAAUGCAGAUAUUUGUCUAACAUGCAGCCACUCUUUCAUUGGUCAAAACAUUGAAUGCCAUGCUAUCAUUGGUUGAAAUGCUAAUUCAAUAAUUGUGAUGGGCAGUCUGGAUCAGUCUAUUGUUAAGUGUACAUUUGGUUUCAAUGUCAAUGUGCCAUGUGCAAAUGGUUGUUUACCCAUGGGUUGAAUGUUUUGUAGAUAAGUACGAUAAGUGUUUCCCUUUCAAUUUUACUUGAAUUUGAUCACUGUAUCAAUUUAAAAUGAAGGUAGGUACCUGUUACUGUCCAAAAUGUUUUGAUCGAAAUGACAAAGUUCUUUGUACACAAACAAUGAGUUAACACACGUUUCAGUGACCUUCUUUUACCUUCCUCAGGGCAAUGCUCAGACUGGCUCUCCUUGGCACUGCAGCUAGAUGUAGCUACUGCAAUGUGAAGAAUGCAGUCCUGAACGUGACUGUGUUUGUAUCCCCCCUCAUUAUGAUUCAUGCCUAUAGUAGAUUUCUGAUCCACAUUGCCUCCUUAAUCCAACAAGUGCAUCUCUUGUCCUGUCGAUCUGUCAUCUAGGCCAUUUGUUUUUUGCGAUGUGGUCUGUCAUUUCUGAUAUAAACUCCGUCAAGUUAAGGACUGCAUUCUUCAGGCUGCUGCAGCGACACCUAGCUGCACGGCUAAGAAUUACAACCAGUCAGUGUUGCCUUGAGUAAGGUGACAAAUGGUCACCAAAUUGUCACAUAGAUAACACCAUUUUGGUUGCAUACAAAAACUCUUCACUGAUGUUUGAUUUAAUUGUGGCAAUAAUUAGGGCGAGGCAAUAAUGAACAUUGGGACCAUGUCUGUUUCACUUCUAGGUAAACUACUGGUACUGGUAGUUUGAAAGGAAUAGAAUUUAGACUUUGUGAAGUCCCCAUAUAUUGUACAUAUGAUUGUUACAAUGGAGCAGCACUCGGUUUAAGGCUUACUGUAGUUGCUUAGAAUUUUUGUGGCUGUUCACUGUGUGUAACUUAUGUUCAUAAAUGUACUGUUUCUACAA